AAAAACACAAUCGUAUCAAACCAAAAAUAAAAUAAAAAAUUGUCCGAAUUUCAAACCCUAAUUCCCAAAUUGGAUGGUGAAAUUCUGCAGUCUCAGUUUGAUUCUUUGAAAUUGGCGGACAUGGCGGCGUUGCAGGGCGUGGUGCAGUCGUGCAUGAGCACCACCACCGCGGCGAGCAGCUUCGGCUCGUGUAAAGGCGGAGCCGGCGCUCCGGCGGCUUCCGCUGGCGUAAUGGCGGCUCCCGAACAGUUUCCGGCGGGGUUGAGAGUCAUGGUGGUCGACGACGACACGACUUGCUUGGCGAUUCUGGAGCAGAUGCUUCGCCGGUGUCUCUACCAGGUUACACUUUGCUCCCGGGCUACGGAUGCUUUGAAUCAUCUACGAGAGAAAAAGGGAUAUUUUGAUGUGGUACUGAGUGAUGUUCAUAUGCCUGAUAUGGAUGGGUUUAAACUCCUGGAAUGUAUAGGGCUGGAGAUGGAUCUUCCUGUCAUAAUGAUGUCUGCUGAUGGGAGAACCAGUGCUGUUAUGCAAGGAAUCAGACAUGGGGCUUGCGAUUAUUUGAUUAAGCCUAUACGUGAGGAAGAGCUCAAAAAUAUCUGGCAGCAUGUUGCUAGGAAAAGAUUAAGUGAAAAUAAAGAAAUUGAACUUUCUGGGAGCUUGGAAGAUAAUGAUCGGCAUAAACGGGGAAAUAAUGAUGCCGAAUAUACUUCUUCUGUCAAUGAAGGAACAGAAGAAAGAGCAAGAAGUCAGAAGAAAAGGAGCAAUGCUAAAGAAGAUGAAGAUGGUGAUACCGAAAAUGAUGAUAUGUCUACAUCAAAGAAACCCCGUGUAGUAUGGUCAGUUGAACUCCAUCAGCAAUUUGUCAGUGCUGUGAAUCAACUUGGGCUUGAUAAGGCUGUGCCAAAGAGAAUCCUUGAAUUGAUGAAUGUACCUGGUUUAAGUAGAGAAAAUGUUGCAAGCCAUCUGCAGAAAUUCAGGUUAUAUUUGAAGAGACUAAGCAUAGAACAACAACAAAAUGCAAAUGCUUUCUGUGGGCCUGUUGAACCAAAUGUGAAAUUGAUUUCGCAUGGGAAUAGAUUUGACAUCCAAGCAUUGGCUGCAUCUGGACAAAUUCCUCCUCAAACACUGGCAGCCCUGCAAGCUGAGCUUCUCGGUCAGCCUGUAGGACACUCUGGGCCAACAAUGGAUCAACCUGUUUUACAUGCAUCCUUGCAGACACCAAAGCGUGCCUCUGUAGAUCAUAGUGUGGCAUUUGGGCAGCCUUUGAUAAAACGCCAAUACUAUCCUCAAUGCAUCAUACCUGCUGAGGAUGCAUCUUCAGGUGGACAAUGGCGGUCUAAUAAUCUCAGUACCAUGGCACCGAACAGCAAUGUCGGAGGAUUUAGCAAUCAGAAUAGCAACAUGUUUGUGGAUGUAUUGCAGCAGGAGCAACGGAACCUGCAAAAAGGACAUCAGCAGUUGUUGCUAACAGAACCUAUUCGUAGUAUCAGUGUACAGCCAUCUUGCCUUGUGGUUCCCUCAAAGUCAUUAGCUGGUUUCCAGGCUGGAAAUAGUCCUGCCGCUGUCAAUCAGAGUUGUGCCUUUAACAGGUCAACUGCUAUUGAUUACAGUCUCUUCUCAUCUCAUUCUAAUAAUAAUUCCUCAAUGAACGUUGGACGGAUAUCAGGUCAUCCUAAAACUCCUGGCAUUCUUAGUGGGUACCCGGCAACUGAUUCCUUACCUACUCCAUCUUGUUCUGUAAUUGCUGAAAGUAUCACCAGUCCCCAAAACUCAACUGGGACACAUAGUGGUGCUCGACAAUUGCCUGUGCGGUUGCAUAAUACAUCAAACAUCCAGGAUCUAUAUGUUCCUAAAUCAGGGGAAGUGCUUGAUCAGGGCUUUUAUAGGAAUCUCGGAUUUGUUGGUAAAGACACUUGCAUUUCAAGUCGAUUUGCAGGUGAUGAGUUUGAAUCGCAAAGCAACUUGAACCAUGGAAGCAUCCAUGUCGAGAACAUUGGUAACCCAGUCAAGCAGGAGCCAAAUAUGGGGUUUGUGGACAGAGCAAAUGGCGCCCCAAUAUUUCAACAGUUUUCUUCCAGUGAUCUCACAAGUGUUUUCAAUGAUUAGGUUUUCGUUAGGUGGCCACCACAUGUCUCUUGAUGUUAGUGGAACGUACAGAUUAUUUCACAUUCUCAAAUGUUCAGUACAGAUUGCAGGACUCAACAGGUGCAGAGCGGCCUCUCUCUCCUACCGAGAAUCAAGAGCUGAGUAAUCCUCAUUGUUGGCACAGGUUCAUUUUCAUGUAGUGUUUAGUAUUGUUGGACCCUGGGAAAAAUAAAUAAUGUUAGCAUCCAACAGCUUGAAACAAUUAUAAUGGCAUCUUGUCUACACAAUUGUGUAGUAAUUUUUUGAAUUUAGAGAUAUUAGAUAUGGCUCAUGGCUUUGUUCAACCUUCAGAUCAUUUAGUUGUAAUAUGUAUCUCUAUAUUUGCCUACAUAUUUAUCCAACAUGAUCAAUGUAAAUCAUUUGUUAAAAGAUAGAAAACACAAUGGAUGUUGUGGGAAGAUUGUGGUCCUUUGCAUCUUUCAUUUGGCCAUCUUAUUACUGUAUAUAUGGAUAUUAAGGGCCAGUUUGAGA